AUGAAUAAAUUUUUUAUGAAUAUGCUAAAAAUUUUACAAUAUUUAUACACCGUCACGGCUUCAGAAAAUUUAGCCAAAACUAAUACAAGACAUUCUUAUGAUGAUUUAAAAAGCUUAGAACCAUAUGCAUAUAUUUACAACCUCCCCGAAACUGGGUCUGCAAAUGAUACAAAUCACUUUGGAUCAAUAAUAAAUUAUGAUGCAUAA